AUGGCCCGCGGCUACUCGCCCCCCGAGUCUCCGCUGUCCUCGAUGCGGUCCUCGGAGCAUUCCGAUGAUGACGGGCACGACUUUGAUGACGCCUCGUCGCGCCCGUCGAAGCGGCUCAAGGUCGACGGUGCCUCGCGGGCGUCGCGCGCAUCUUCCACUGCCGUCCACGACGUCGAGCCCGACCAGGACGUGCCCGAGCCGGACCCUCUCGAGGGCAUGUCGGACUUGUCGUCGGACACGUCGGGCGACAUCCCCAGCUCGCCCGUCAACGCGCGGCUGGACGAGGAGGACUUUCAGGACCAGGUCAGCGUCUGCGACUGGGACGGCUGCGAGGCCGGCGACCAGGGCAACAUGGACCGGCUGGUCGAGCACAUUCACAACUCGCACAUUGAGAAUCGCCAAAAAAAGUACACGUGCGAGUGGAAGAGCUGCCCCCGCAAGGGCCUGACGCAUGCCAGCGGCUAUGCACUCAAGGCACACAUGCGUAGCCACACGAGGGAAAAGCCUUUUUACUGCUACCUGCCAGAAUGCGACCGAUCGUUUACGAGAUCUGAUGCCCUCGCCAAACACAUGCGCACCGUCCACGAGACGGAAGCCCUGCGCCCCUCGGACCCCGUACCCAAGUCCAUGCAGGCCGGUCCGCCCGGCAAAUCGAGCAAGCUCAAAAUCAUCAUCAAGACGCCGCAGUCGCACAGCCACGGUGGCAGCGGCGUCGUCGGCGGCGAGGAUGGCUUGGACGAGCUGCCCGGCCACGGCGAGGACGGCAACGCCGACUACUUUACCGCGCUGACGAGCGAGCUCUUCUCGGCCGACGAGCUCGCCUUUUCCGUCGACAAGCUGUACCGCAAGUGCUUCUGGGAGGCCAAGUGGGCGGACGAGGUUGGCGCGACGCUGCAGCGCGAGUGCCGCGAGUGGGAGGAGGUAUACUACAAGGAGUGGCUUGAAAAGGAGACGCUGCUGUCGCAGGUCAUCCAGAGCGAGGUGGACUGGCACGAGCGCCGACAGGCCAUCUUAAAGGGCGAGGCCGACGUGCAUGUCGGCAACGGCGCGGCAACGACGGUGGAGGCCGGUGUUGUAGAGGAGAGCAGGAUGUCGACGGAGCAGGAGAAUGGCGUUGCGGUAGGCAAGAGUGCGAAUGCUGCCGCUGCUACUACUACCAAAGCAGAGGUCGUCGCCGCUUAG